AUGCUUCCUUCAAAGGAAGAUAUGAUGGUGGAAACCAAAACCAUGAAGGACACAUUUGAAGCCUUGGGGAUUCCUAAGCGAUUUACACACUGUUUGGGGAUUGACCAAUUUGAGUACUAUGAUUGGUUGGGUUCACAAAUUGGGUGCUCAGGAACAGAGGAAUGGAGGAAAGAGAUGAGUUUGCCUAUUUUCUUGAGGAAGAUGAAACAUCCGGAGAGUUAUAGAGACGAAUGGGAAGAUCAUCACUUGGUUGCUCAAGCUUACCAAGAUUUCUCUUUGUAUAUAUCAACAAAAGAUGAGAUUUUGUAA